AACCCUGUCCGCGUCUACGAUUUGUUUCUGAAAGAAGGGGUCGUCGAUGACUUAGCGAUUAUACAGAGUUACAAAGAAAAAGUCUACUCAUUUUAGUGUGCUUUUGCUGUUUAUCCAAUACAUUUUUAUAGUAUAAGCAUAUAAAUAUACACAACAUGGCCGGAGCUAUGUUAUUCGAACGAUCACGCGUCUCGUCAUCAACGAACAGAGACGAAGACGUCCGCAUGACCGACAAAAUGGUUAGCACUGGCGAGGUACCCGAAGAUGACGAAGAAAACAUAAGAGCUAAGGAGCAAGGCAUUUUAAAUCUUGGUGAAAAAUAUAAAAAAGAAGGAAAGGCUAAGGAGUUGGCAGAACUAAUAAAAGCCACCAGACCUUUCCUUAGUCUGAUAAGUAAAGCGAAAGCAGCAAAAUUGGUCCGUUCACUGGUUGAUUUCUUCCUGGAUUUGGAAGCUGGCAUCGGUAUAGAAGUGCAACUUUGUAAAGAAUGUAUAGAAUGGGCGAAAGAAGAACGUCGCACCUUCCUAAGACAGUCUCUAGAAGCGAGAUUAAUCGCCCUUUAUUUCGACACAGGUAUGUAUACGGAAGCCCUAGACUUGGCCACAGCACUCCUCAAAGAAUUGAAGAAAUUAGAUGACAAAAAUUUAUUAGUGGAAGUUCUCCUUUUAGAGAGCAAAACUUACCAUGCACUUAGCAAUUUGCCUAAAGCCCGUGCCUCAUUGACGUCCGCGAGAACUACUGCCAAUGCUAUUUAUUGUCCACCCAAAAUGCAAGCAGCGCUUGAUUUACAAUCUGGAAUACUUCAUGCUGCAGAUGAACGUGAUUUCAAAACUGCUUACUCAUAUUUCUAUGAAGCAUUUGAAGGUUAUGAUGGAGCUGAUAGCCCUAAAGCAUUAACAGCAUUGAAAUACAUGUUGCUCUCCAAGAUAAUGUUAAAUCAGGCAGAGGAAGUGUCUACAGUAUGUGGCAGUAAAGCAGCCCUCAAAUAUGCAGGCAAGGAACUAGAAGCAAUGCGGGCCGUUGCGACUGCUUCACAUAAGCGGUCACUCGCUGAUUUCCAAGCUGCAUUGAAAACAUAUAAACGGGAAUUGGAAGAGGAUGCAGUUGUUCGUGCCCAUCUUGGAGCUUUAUAUGACACAAUGUUAGAACAGAACUUAUGUCGCAUUGUGGAGCCAUAUAUGCGUGUGCAAGUAGACCAUGUGGCACGCUCCAUCCGUCUCCCUGUAGUACAAGUUGAAAAGAAACUGUCGCAAAUGAUUUUGGACAAGAAAUUGAAUGGUAUCCUGGAUCAAGGUGAAGGCGUUCUUAUUGUGUUCGAUGAAUCCCCCCUGGAGAAGACUUAUGAGACUGUUCUUGAGACCAUCCAUCAUAUGAGCAAGGUUGUUGAUACACUUUACCAGAAAGCCAAGAAACUUUCAUAGACCUGUGUAAAUUUGUUGUAGCAUUAAAAAUAUUAAUGUAUAUCAAGGUAACCAUAAAUUUUCUGUUCAAACGGUUGUAAAUGAAACUAUUUUUUGAAUGAAUGCAAAAUCAUCAUUUGUACCACAAUGUUCUAAGCUAUAUAGUAACAUGGAAAAUAUCAUCAAAAAAAAAGUAAAAAGUGUUUUAGAAAUCGGGGAAUCGCUGUGACACCAGAAUCCCAUGGUCUGACAUCAUUCAUUAUUGGAUAGCUAUUUUAUUUUAUUGUAAAAAUAUUCAAUAGUUUGAUUAUUAAAUGUUCUAAUCCUCAACUUUGAUUUUAUAUUGUCUUUUUAUCUUAAGCUAGUGAAAAAUUAUAAUAUUCUGUUUUAUUGAGAAAAAUAAAAGGUGUUCUCCAAA